AUGAUGAGUAGUGCGGCAGGCGGUACUAAAACUGGGGGGCCGGGGGCAUCUUUACAUGGGCCACUUAGUGCCGCCGGCGGUGGAUGUUUCCCUGGCCGUUAUUCACCAACAUAUCGUUCGCCGGAGCCAAUGCCUCGACGAUGUAUGCCAAAUCCGUCGGGAGACAUAUUUUCUGGACUGAAUGAUGGUUUACUGAGUCGAGCAGAAGCAUUAGCGGCUGUAGAUAUUGGUAAACAUCAACCAUCAGGUGGACCUGGUGGUCUUCCACAAUUAAAACAUGACAUGAUGUAUCAUCAUGGAAUGGGUGCACCUCCUCCCAAUUCUAGACCGCAUCAAAUGGGACAUCAUGGAAUGGAUGGCUUAGACAUGUUGGAUCCAAUUUCGACAUCUUCCAUGACCACACUUACUCCAAUGUCUGAUACAGGACCAGCUAGUCAUAUGCACAGCUACGGUGCUAUGAAUCACGUCAUGAAUCACCAUCAUCAUCACGGCGGCCCCUUAUCGGGACACUCAGCACCAGGUCACCAUGGUAGUCAUCACGGUGGGGGACAUCCGGGAGCACAUCAUCCGGCAAUGGCUGCAGCUGUAGCGGCAGCGACAGCGGCGGGACUACAUCCCGAUUCCGACACAGAUCCACGCGAAUUAGAAGCAUUUGCUGAACGAUUUAAGCAACGACGGAUCAAAUUAGGUGUAACACAAGCAGAUGUAGGGAAAGCUUUAGCAAAUUUAAAAUUACCAGGCGUAGGAGCGCUAUCUCAAUCUACAAUAUGUCGAUUUGAAAGUUUAACACUGUCACAUAACAAUAUGAUAGCACUAAAACCAAUUCUCCAAGCAUGGCUUGAAGAAGCUGAAGCACAAGCUAAAAAUAAAAGACGUGAUCCCGAUGCACCAAGUGUUUUACCCGCCGGCGAAAAGAAACGUAAACGUACAUCCAUCGCAGCACCAGAAAAACGUAGUUUAGAAGCAUAUUUUGCUGUACAACCACGACCGUCGGGUGAAAAAAUAGCCGCUAUUGCGGAGAAAUUAGAUUUGAAAAAGAAUGUUGUCCGGGUAUGGUUUUGUAAUCAACGACAAAAGCAAAAACGAAUGAAGUUUGCUGCACAACACUGACCACCAUCUCCAUCAGGU